GCGAGAAAUAUAUAUUGGUUGCGAGUUUUUUGUUUUAUUUGCAUCUGUAGUUGUGCGUAGCUUCGUGUGGUUUUUUUGUUUGAAGAAUACGGCAGCAGACAAGUUAAACGGCAAGCAACGCCUUCUGUAGAAAAUCGAAUAGAUAGUUGGGAAAUUAUCACGUGUUGCUGGAGGAAAAAUCAACAAGUUUCUGUGCAAUUGACCGCCCAUUAUUAAUAUAAAGGGAGGAGCUCAUCAGGUCACAUUUCCGACACUUCCCAUAUCUUGUCCCGCGGAGACGCCGCUCACCACGGUGGCCACAACUGCCGAGCUGCCGUAGGAGCAUAACCUCUUCGAGCAGUUGUCCGACAUUGAACUGGAGGCUUCCCAUCCGCUGCUCCAAAUGUCAACAAGGUCUGGCACGGGUCUGACGGCCGCCCAGACGUCAUUUAUUGUGAACGAAGGUUUCCUAAACACUGAAGCCGGCUACACGGACCACAGCUUGGCCGAACUGGAGCAGGUAGAUCUCCCCGAUGCAAUCUUCAUGUCCACCUUCCCCAACAACACUAUGAAUACUGACUAUGCCAUGACUUAUUUCAUACCCACGGCUACAUCCACUCCCUUCGAUGACCAGAAUACCAGCCCGAAGCAGUCAUAUGAAGAGACCUCCUCAGAGGAACAACACCUGAAUUCCAGCCAGAAGUAUAUAUCAUCCACCAUCAAGGACAAGAAUAAAGACACGCAAAUGAAUCCUGUUAAUUCAAUGCCCAGCAUCAUCUCCUGCGUGAAGGAGACACCUCAAAAAGCCGUCAAAAACAGUGCUACUACGGGAUCUCCUCGUAGGAAUGCGGGAAUGACAAAGGAAGAUCCAUUUAAGCACAAUUGCCGCUGCGGAACCUCUGGAGCGCGGGCUAACCCCAAACGUACCUGUCGCAAUAAUCGCUGUCUCUGCUACGUGUCUGGCAAGUCAUGCACAAACUGUCGCUGCUUUGGUUGUCACAAUCCGCACAAUUCCGAUGAUGAAGACGAAUUGGAAAACUUGGCGCCCCCAUCACUCCCCAAUCUCCAGAGCGAGAAGAAGCCAGCACCAACAAACGCAACACCAACAAAGAAUGUAAAUGUACAAAAUACUGGCGUUUCUGCACCAGGGUUCGAUGAUCCCCAAGGCGGUUUAGUUUUAGUGCCCGUUAGCCAUCUGGAACAAUCCAUACAUCCUUUGGUUCUCGUUAAGAACGAGCAUGGGGACUAUCAAUGUUUCAACAUCUUCCAAGGCAACGUACCGAUUGAUCCCGCCACAGUUGGCCUUCUGCAUAUCCGGAUGCAGAGUAACGGUUACCACAGCCAGAUUCCGGACUAUGCGUAUGUGAUGGGACCUUAGGCAGCUCCACCUGUCAUCAAAAGGAGUGUAAGUCAAAGUGGUUGCCAGCACGCGAUUUUAUUGACGAGCUGGUCAGUAGUGGCUCCUCCUUGCUAAUGGAAUUCUGCCGCUAGCGCACUCACUGUUCGAGGAGAUGUGGGAUACAUUUUUUUUUAUUUUUUUUUUUAUCAUUUUUAUGAACAAAUGGUAAAAUAUUGUAAUGCUUUGCCCCAAGUGCGGCUGUUGACCCUAAAAAUAAAACAAAAACCUUUUUUU